AGUCGUCGGUUAACCUAGCAUGCGUGUUUUUGGGAUGUGGGAGGGGAGAACAUGGAAACGCCACACAGGCGGGGCCCCGCGGGGAUCGAGUCCCGGUAUGCUUUGACAUAUUUAAACAGAUCAAAGCCACUUAGACUUAUUAAAACACACUUUUGUUCAAGUAUUCCUGAUCACCUGUUCACACCUUCUUGCUGACAAGAAAUAGGAGACGAUCAUAAAACAUCACUCUGCGGAAAGGAAAAGGUCUCUGGCACGCUCACGCACCCGUCAAGUGCAAAAUUAAACAACCGAGUAAAUGCAAAAAUGUAUCUGUGACCAAGCCGAAAGGUAAGCACAGAUGCGUUGACUUUUAUUGGAUGCGCAGAUGAGCGUUAGGUCUUGCAGGGACUUGUGUGUGUCGCUAGUCCUUUUGCGUUUUACAACGGCUCACUACUCGUGAAGUGCUCGAUGAACAAACGGAAAGUCAGAAAUGACUGCAAAAAUCUUUUCACGGACGGAAGGACGCUAAAACAUCACAGGCAUUUUCUCUGCCCGCCCCCUUAAGCCCAGGAAAGUGUCAGCUUUCGCUCGUCUUCCUCGCGGUCCUAUCAGGUGUACUUCCAACAGUCCCGUGUUUGGCUGCAGGCGACCUCGCACGGGAUGGGUGGGGCGCUGAGACGUGUGUGUCUCAACAGGGCAGGGAAAACAUUAAGAAACGUGCUCAGGCAAAGUACGAGAUCGAAUGGAAUCCUGGAAACCUCGGGAAACAUUGCCCUACCUGGCGUACGAGGACUGAGCUGCUCCGAGGUAUCGGUCCAGCCGCUAUGGAGACCCCCAGCGAUACCUCCAAAAUCCUGGAGAAGGGUCCGGAGUACCUUCGAAAGCAAAUGGAACUGGAGAGUGAGGUAAAGGGGCCCAUGAGCGCUGUGGAGAGACUGGCCGCAAGCAAACCCAAGUACGUGAAAAGCCAACAGGCGGUCAACUGCGCUCAGGAGCCGCCGAUCGGCCUGGCUUCCGACCGCAGCACCUCGAACGUUUCGUCCGACCGGAGCUCGACGCGUCUCCGAGGGUCUCGGCAGAGCAGCUCCCCGGUGCGGGUACGGCGCUCCGGCUCCAAAAAGCGACCCGACUCCAUCCUGCUUUACAGGCAGAAAUGUGAACUACUGAGAGCGCCCGGAAGUGACCGCAAGCAUCAUAUAACGCGUAAACUGCUCCGGAGCUCUGCGAAAAAAACAACGGCCUUACCUGAGGCGGCGGAAAAGGACUCUGAGCCCGAGGGCGGGGAGGAAGAACUCGGCACGCCUGAGGAAUCCGCGAGGGAAUACUGCUCAAGGGCGAGGACGCCGACGCUUGGCAGAAGGCAGAACGGAGCUAGCAAAAUCCUCGAUAUGGGUCCAUCCGCUAAUCUGCUGAAAGUUCCCGUCAGGAGGGGCAAAGGGGUGAGUCGAUCGCGCUCGGACAUCAGUUCCAGGUACUCCAAGAACUUUGCCGACUUCGACGCCUUCUUCAAGUACUGCGGCCUGGACGGGGAGGUCAUCGAGUCUCUGGGCAAGGAGAACUUCUCGGCGCGCUCGGACGAGACGGCCGCCGGGCUGCGCAGCGUCAGCGUGUCCGCGUCGGACGGCGGCUUCUCCCGCAACAGCGACGACAGCGACGGCCUGCAGGAGGACGUCCUGCGCGAGAAGAUCCGCCAGGGUUCGUCGGUCAUCGAGCGGAAUGCGAGGAUUAUCAAAUGGCUGUACAGCUGCAAGAAUGCCAAGGAGAGUGGCAAAAAGUUGAGAGACCUGGACUGAAAUCCAUCCGCUCGUCCAUUUGCGACACCGCUUGUCCUCGUUAGGGUCGCGGGUAAACCGGAGCCUUCCAAGCAGACUUCGGGCGAAAGGCGGGAUACACGCAGGACUGUCGCCAGGGUCUGGACUGAAAUCAUUACUUUCUACUUCUGACUUCGAAUCGUGACUGUUGAGCAGAUAUGGAAUUGAUUUGAUUUGAUUACUUUUUGAGUCCGGACAGUCACGGACAGACAAACCAAAACCAAAAUAGACGGGGGGGGGGGGCACUGCAAUUGGUGUCAUUUUUAUUAGAGGAAUGAAUGUUUUCUUUUCAAAUCGUCUGCGGUCCCGUCGUCUCACGUUGUCCGCCGUGAACCGGGACGUUUUCACCGACCGCCGCCAAACCGGGUGGCCUCGUCGAGCAUAACAGGAUGCACGAAGAAGCAAGUCGACCGUUUUGGUUGGAAGCAGCCAUUCCCGGCGAAGACCGGGGCUCGUACGAACUUUGACGAACUCCGACCAGGGAAUUCGUUCCAACAAGCCCAAUCGUGGUUCAGGUAGCCAAACGGGCACCGCAACAUUUUGAAGCGGCCUCACCUCCGCCAUCUUAUGUGGCGCGGCGAGGAGUUGACGUGCGGUUCUGUCGUCUUACAGUCAUUCCACUCCUGUAUGUGUGUGUUGGCGUGUGUGCCCGUGUGCCUAUGUUGUCGACCGGCGCCCACUGAAGAAUCUCGAAUGGCGUCCGAUUCUGAAGCAACAUCUCUGCUCGCCGACUCACUGCGUUUGUGUCGUAAGGAACUCGCUGGACGCGUGUGACACAAAGAAGCUGCUUGUUCAUAUGAAUGCGGUGUAACAUUAUCACACUAGGCUGCAUUGUCUCUCCGCCACUCCCGCGUCCUCGGUCUCUAAGCCAGGAUUGUUCUUCGGGAAAGGUUGCAAUCGGGGGUGCUGGCGAAACUGGAUUUGUCUCCCACUUUGUCUGUGCACACUGGAUACGUUUUAGAGGUCUGACUGACAUCCCUGACAAGUCAUGUCCUGCCUGUAAGCGAGAGUUCAAAUGUACCACCCCCAAGGUAUUUUUUUCUUUUUACUGCUGCUUCCUUGUUGCGUCACUUUGUUUGUAUAAAAGGGAAACAAAAGGCUAUUAUAGUUCACGUAUUAAACAAAAUUGUAGCUUGAAAAUCAUUUA